AUGGCAAGAGUGACGUUCACCCCGCAACCGCUGGAGGUGCUCACGGUCCCUGCACGCGAGAAGCACACCGCGACGGUCAUCUUCGUGCACGGGCUCGGCGACUCUGGCCAUAGCUGGCAGCGUCUCGCGGACUCGUUAACCCGAGAUCCUGAGCUGCAACACAUCAAGUACAUCUUCCCGCACGCGCCGGUCAUGGCGAUCACAGCAAACUUUGGCAUGCGCAUGCCUGCGUGGUACGACGUCGUCUCGUUCAAGUCGACCGCGCCGGAGGACAACGACGACUUUGGCAUGUUGCGCUCGAUGGCGUCGCUCGGCGCGCUCGUCGAGCGCGAAGUCACCGCCGGUAUCCCGCCCGACCGCAUCGUCUUCGGCGGGUUCAGCCAGGGCGCAGCGAUGACGCUCCUCACGGGGCUCUCGUACGAGCAUAAGCUGGGCGGUUUGAUCGUGAUGAGUGGGAGGCUACGCCUGGGCAAGAAGGUCAAACUGUUGCUGCACGCAAGUAAUAUCCACACGCCGAUCUUCUGGGGACACGGCAGGAAUGAUCCACUGGUUACAUACGAGAUGGGGAUGUGGUCCAUUCAGUAUAUGAGGACUGAAUACGGGCUCACGGACGCGGACCCAGACGCGCCGGAGAAGGGCGGUCUCGCAUUACAUAUAUACGACGCGGUGCACACCGUCCCUGAUGAGGAGCUGGAGGACGUGAAGGAGUGGGUGAAGCGGGUACUGCCUGCUCGGCAGGCGGUGGUAUCUGCUCAGGGGUGA